GUGAUAUAACGAUUUCAUUGUCGUGCAGAGCAUUUAUUGUAACCGUCGAACUAGAGAAUACAGGUCGUCUGUCGUCGGUGAAUUUACUGCAAAUCAAAUGAAUCGAAGCGGAUGUUUCUUGCUCUAUAUUGCUUUCGGAAUCGCAUUAUCUGAAUUUGCAUUGGCACAAGAUACGACGUCGUGUCCUUAUCAUCUUUGUACAGCUGAGCGCCUUGGUUGCUCCGAGGGAGGUCUAAGACGAGACGAAAGAGGAUGUCUCUUAUGCAAGUGCCAAUAUAGUGUAGUGCAUAACCGUCCAUGCCCAUUACAUGGAUGUACCGUUGAGCUACUCGGAUGUCCUGGUCGGUCUCUAAGGAAAAGUAACGGUUGUACACUUUGUGAAUGCGAACCAGAAAAUGCGACGUCCGCCGAAAAAUCCGAACUCAAUCCGACAGUUGCACCAAUGUUCGACCAGGCGAGCUCUGACAGCCAGGUUUGUCCCCAAUUAACCUGUACAGCACAGCAAUUGGGGUGCAAUCGGUUGGCUGUCAAUCAAACUACGAGAUGUCGGAUCUGCUCAUGCAGGGGAAGUCCCAGGAGAGGGAACGCAGACGAGAGAAUUGACAUAGACCCGAAUUCUGAUGGCCAGUGUAAUACCCCGGAUCUUGGCAUAGCAAGUAUUGGAAGAAACAUUAUAUCCCGAGGAUCUAAUGUAGCGAAGUAUAGACUUGUCAUUAGAAAGUUAAAAAAGGGAUUUCAGCCGGGGAAAUCGUAUAAGGUUCAGAUAAAAGCAAAAUCCCGAGCGCCUCCAUUUAAGAGAUUUAUGGUUGAGAUAAGAAAGCGUCCAACAGCACGGAACGGAGUAGCAGCAGCGACAUCGUGCGGCGGCGGACAUUUUCCCUUCAACGCAACUGCUCCUGUCAAUGCUGAUUGUCCGCUAGUAGCGUCAGAGAUCAGCGACACAAAUAAAACCUCAGUGUCCUUGAAGUGGACAGCGCCAUCAUGCGGCUGUAUCGAAAUCAGAGCUAUUGUUGUUGACUUUAACAACGUCGGUUAUCGUGACGUAGAAGGUGAAAGGUCAAGUGGGGUUGCAGGAGGAAAACUCCCAUUAAUGAGAACGGUGUGUGCGAAAGAAAGGCGCAGCUCCAGCGUUGGGAAAAACAAGAAAAGAAAAAAGUCGAAAAGAAAGAAGGCUUGGGUUGACGUGGAUUGCUGUCGAGCAGCAAACGCCCCACCAACCCACCGCAGGCAAGGAUCAAUUAACGAUGAAUGCGAGAUGAGAGGAAAGGUUUAUUCGCUCAAGAAAUAUUACAAACUACCACAUGCACUAAAGUCUUGCCGCAAGGGAUACAAGCGAUGCUGUAUUAAGAACGUCAAACAGAGAAUGCGCGCACAUCGGAAUAAGGGACGAAGCAUGCGGCGACAAAGGAUCUGAGAUCCCGCAAAAAAAUAUUUUCGCUUCGAGCAGUUGCUGCUUUGCGAUACGAACUAAAAUCGUGCGCACUCGCGUUUUUUGUUGCAUUUUCCAGCUUUGUUUAUGAAUUGUUUCAGUAUUGUCGCAUUAAAAGGACCAGGCGCUCAUAUA